UGCAAAGUCAAAGGGGAAAAAAGAAGAUGAGGAAAAGAAAGGAGGGUUCCAUGUCAAGCAUUGUGUGCGUAAUCCAUUACCCAAAUAUAUAACCUUCCCUCCCUCGUUUGAUGGCCGUACGGCCAUUUCACUUCUUUGUUUCAUUCCGCCACCACCACAACCAUCGCCUCCUCUCUCCUUUUCCGGUCACCUCUUCUCUCUUCCCCUCUCUCCUCCGUCAGUUUUCCUCGAAAACUCCGUCGCUCUCUCUCACCCGACACAAACACAAAUCACCUUCUUCGUUACCUCCGCCGUCACCGUCAUCUCCUUAUCUUCAUCGACUGUCGGCGACUUUAUCCGAAACCCUGGCGCAGAAAAUAGGGAAAUCUAUUCGGCGUCCCGGUGCGCCGUCCAAGGCCCGGGUUUAUACGGACAUCAAUGUGAUCCGACCCAAAGAGUAUUGGGAUUAUGAAUCCCUUACUGUUCAAUGGGGAGAGCAGGAUGAUUACGAGGUGGUAAGGAAAGUCGGGAGAGGAAAGUACAGCGAGGUGUUUGAGGGAAUUCACACUACUAAUAAUGACAAAUGCAUCAUCAAAAUCCUUAAGCCUGUCAAGAAGAAAAAGAUUAAACGUGAGAUUAAGAUACUGCAGAAUCUUUGUGGUGGACCUAAUAUUGUGAAGUUACUCGAUAUCGUCAGAGAUCAGCAAUCGAAGACCCCAAGCCUUAUAUUCGAAUACGUGAAUAACACAGAUUUUAAAGUGCUGUAUCCUAAUCUUUCCGACUUCGAUAUUAGAUAUUACAUCUAUGAGUUGUUGAAGGCAAGUUCUCUGUUGAUGUGGAUUUUAAGGCCUCUCAAAUAUAUGAUCUUCGUUUUAUCUUCAAUAUUUCCCUGGUUACGGAAGCUUGCUAUAGAUUAUAGUAAUAUUAUAUUAUUGCUAUACAGGAUGCUCCCUUUGAAUCUCUUUUUUGGAUACAAUCUGAAGAUGAUUAUGUGCAAUUUGCUUUGAGAUAAUGAACUUAUUUCUAAUGAGAAAUUUCACUACUCUUUUGAACAAAUUUCGCAGAAUGAUAAUGUGCCUAAUAUUUGAUCUAUUUCCAUUUUUACCCUAUCUAAAAGUUUGAAUUCUUUUCUUAGGUCCGACCAUUUGAACUAAUCUCUUUAACUGAACUCUCCAUGUGGGUGUGCGCAAGCUGGCUCGGGCACCGCCGUCGUAAAAAAAGUGAAAAAAAUAAUGUAGCCAGAUAUGAUUUAUCAAAAAGAAAAAAAUGUAACUAGAUUUUGUAUUAUCAAUCUCCAUGCAAGUCAAAGUAGACAAGUAUUUUGGAGUAUGAUCUAAAGCUCCUUUUUUGCUAUUAUGAUUGGAGAAGACGCAUUCUUUUGAUUUUUUGGCUGACUGGCGAGAUUUGAGUUUAAAGAUGGGUAACUAGGUUCAUAUUAUUUCGACUUGAUAAUAUGAUGAGAUUUCUCUGUUUGAGUACAAUAAAAUUAUUGACAUGUUAUAGACUUAAAAGACAAAUUACUGUGCACAAGAAUGAAAUGACUUAUAAUGGAGCGAAAUGAAUGUUGCUAGUCUGGGAU